CGACCGACGGACGGACUGUCAAUUUCCCGGAUAUCUGUGCCAGUCGAUUGAAAACGCCUCCAUCCCACCAUUGGCAUAUCCACCACCCAAUCCAUCUCCCCGCUGAGAGCUAUUGACUGAACGAGCGAGCUCACGUCGGAGAUUUGAUAUAUAUCAUCAUCAUCAUCAUCAUCAUCAUCAUCAUCAUCAUCCUCCAAUCCUUCCUUGCUUCCUUCCCUCAUUAAGGUGCAAAAUGUCUGGGAUUCCUCGACCGGGAAGUCGUCUUCCUCAAUCUUCUUCGUCCGUGAAACGACCUCGAGCCGGAUCCAACGAUGAGAAUGCCGGACAGCCUGGUCUUCUGGCCAAAAAGAAGAAAAUGGAUCCGCCUACCCUCCCAUUGAAGAAGACCUCGACGUCGAAUCUGAGCAAAGCCAAAUCCAUGAUGAAUAUUGGUCCCAAAUCCAAGGUGACCCAACCUUUAGGGACGUCAAACAUGAGUGGGCGAGCCACCAAUGUGUUAGGACGCCGACCCGGAGCCAACCCUGUCGGUGGAAACACUUCCAAUUUGGCCCCGCGAACACGCGCGACGGUCACCACGAAUGCACCUGUAGGUCCAGGCCCCGGGCCCAAAAAGCGGCCGGCGUGGGAUUUGAAAGGCCGAUUAGAAGACAUGGAGGGCCUGUUCGCGUCCACGGCUGAGCGCGUGUCCACUUUGGAGAGCCAGAACACCCAGUUGAAGACCGUAGCACAAGAGAAAGAGACCGAAGUCAUUCAGAACUCGGAAGAGUUGAAAUCGGUGGCCGAAGAACGCGAUUCGCUUCGAAAACAGAUUGAGACUUUGAAGAAGGAACUCUCGGAAGUGACGGAUCUCAAGGAAUGCCAGGCCAAGAAUUACCGAACGCAAUUGGAUGAUUUAGAGUUCAAGAAAUCAGCUCUGGAGCGAAAGCUCAAGGGAUUGGAAGACGAGCUGAACGCCAGAAUCGCUGAAAUUGGAAGCCUCAAAUCUAUUGUGGCUCAAUCCAAUGCAACUAAAGAUUGUUUGGAGGCUACACUCGAAAACACCAAACGUCAUCUUGCUUCGGCGGAAGACAAGUUGACCGAAUUGGAAAAGUUGGCCUCGCAGCAAGCGGCUCAAAUCGACCAACAUCGGGAAAACGAACGAGCCUUUGAAACCGAACGGCGUCGCCUUCACAAUACCAUUCAAGAACUGAAGGGCAACAUCCGAGUGUUUUGUCGUGUUCGACCUCUCCUCAAAGGCGAAGUUGAAAAGGUGGGCCCAAAUAUUCGACAUAUCGAGUUCGUGUCGGAAAAUUCCCUCGAGCUGAAAAGAAUAGCGGACAGCCCAAAUGAGUCCAUUGCCAGUGGUAUCAAAGGCAAAAACAGUAAGUAUGACUUUGAAUUCGAUCGAGUAUUCGGUCCCAAUGCCAAGCAAGCCCAGGUGUUUGAAGAGAUAUGCCAGUUGGUACAGAGCGCCAUUGACGGCUACAAUGUGUGCGUGUUUGCCUACGGACAAACAGGAAGUGGGAAGACAUUCACCAUGGAAGGGGGAGAAGAACCGGGCAACGAGGGUAUGAUCCCUCUCACGCUUGACAUGAUUUACCAGGAGACCAAGAAAUUGGAGGGCAAAGGCUGGACAUAUAAGAUGGAAGCAAGCUUCCUGGAAAUAUACAAUGAGGAGAUUCGAGAUCUCCUAGCCACGGAGAAGAACCUGAAAUAUGACAUCAAACUUACCAGCUCCGACGUUAAAGGACAAACCAACGAUGUGUAUGUAAGCAACGUUAAAGUCGUAGAAGUCAAGAGUCCGCAUCAGGUGACAUCACUCCUCAGUCUUGCUCACAAGAAUCGCGCGAUUGCCGCCACAAAUUGCAACGAAAGGUCCUCAAGGUCGCAUUCCGUUUUUCAAUUGAAAAUUACGGGUAGCAAUUCCAUUACUACCGAGUCUUGCUCUGGUACCCUCAACCUGGUCGACUUGGCUGGGUCUGAACGCCUCAAAGAUUCCGGUUCGGAGGGAUUAAGAUUGAAAGAGACCCAGAACAUUAAUAAAUCGUUGGCCAAUUUGGGUAACGUCAUCAUGGCACUGGCUCAAAAGGAUUCGCAUAUACCCUACCGCAAUUCCAAGCUAACACAUCUGUUGCAAAAUUCGUUAGGUGGGAACUCCAAGACUUUGAUGUUUGUCAACGUUUCCCCGAAAGAAGAUAGCUUCAGUGAAACGUUAAACUCGCUGCGCUUUGCGACCAAAGUCAAUCAGUGCCAAAUCGGGACGGCUACGAAAAAGAUCAAGUAAUGCCAAUCUAUUUGUCGCACGGUCGUUGUCCCGGACCACUUCAUUUCGCUCACUCUUUACUAGGCUCCUUCCUAAUCCUGCAUAUAGUUAGUGUCAAUGAGCUCCUUUUGUAUAAAAUUCAAUUCCUUAACGAAACAACAAA